AUGCCCUCCGCAGACUUCGCCGCCGCCCAGCAACGCAUAGCAGCCCGCCGCGCUCAACGCGCCCUUCAACAGCGCAAUCACCAUGAGCCGCCGCCAUCAACCGCACAACGCGCCCUCUCGCGCCUGCCCUUCCCCUUCAGCAGCGUCUCCUCGACCGGAUUCAGCGUCUGGGACGCGAUAAAAGGGCGCUCGGGAACACGACCAGAGUUCCGCGUCGGCCAAGUCGAUGCCGAACUCCUCGAUGAGGAACUCCUUACCCUGAUGAAGGGCCAAGUCGGCGAGGGCUUGAAGUACUUCGGAAGCCAUAUCACAGAUCACUACUCAGCCGAGAUAUUGCUGGCAUUGAGGGCUGUGCUGUGGAAACUGAGCAUUUGGGACCAGAACGCGAGUUAUGGCGCGCAUCUACAGGGGCUGCGGUAUACGGAUGCGCGGAGUAGUGCGCCGAAUCGCCCACCACCCAAGCCAUGGCAGAAGAUUGCAUACGGCGCUGUCACAGUGGGCGGACGGUAUGCGUGGACGAAAUGGGAAGAGUACCUUUUAUCCGCUUCAGAAGACUACACCCGGCCCGAGAGUGCGCGAUUGAAAGUCCUGGGACGAUUGAGCGAACUGGCCGGAAACGCACACGACGUCCUCGGCCUUGCCAGCUUCCUCGUCUUCCUCGUCGACGGCCGGUAUAGAACGAUAACCGAUCGCCUCCUCCGUCUCCGCCUGACACCAACCUCGCACUCCACAUCACGCGAAGUCAGUUUCGAGUACCUCAACCGCCAACUCGUCUGGCACGCCUUCACCGAGUUCCUCCUCUUCCUCCUCCCCCUCGUCGGCAUCUCGCGCUGGCGCCGCAUCCUAAGCCGCACAUUCAAGAAGCUACGCACGACCGUCCUCUCCCUCCUCGGCCGCUCGAAACCCGCCAGCGACGAAGACGACGAGGAGAGCAAAGCAGCCGGCGAACUCGGUUUCCUCCCUGAACGCACCUGCGCAAUCUGCUACCGCGACCAAAACCCCACAACCACCACCGAAGCCGACAUCCUCACUUCCUCGGCUGGCGGCGGCGGCGUCGUCGGCUCCGCAACAACCGACAUCACCAACCCCUACGAAACUAUUCCAUGCGGCUGCAUAUACUGCUUCGCCUGCAUCGCACAACGCAUCGCAAACGAAGAAGGCGAAGGCUGGAUGUGCCUCCGCUGCGGCGAGACCGUCAAGGAAUGCCGGCCCUGGAACGGCGAUGUCAUUGAAGAACAGCCCCGUCGCGUUGAGCAUACCGAAGUGCAUGAACGACCCAGCACAGCCAAGUCUGUUGGUUUCGCCACUGCUGGCGAUGAGCUGGAUGAGAAGGCGCUGCUGAGGGAGGUCGAUCCCAUGCCGGAGAUGGAAGACGCCGCGGAUAAAACGCAAGAAGAUGAGGAGGGUAUUAUGGGCACGACUCACACGCGCGGUCUGGAUCUCGGAGAAUCCUUGUUCACGGAGAGUUCAGAGUGGGCGCGUGCGAGCGAAGAUCGAAGCAGCGAUGAUGAGCAGAGUGAGGAGUACACUGGAGAAAGUGAAGAGGAAGAGGAGGGUGAUCAAUCGGGCUUUUACGACCGACGAUAA